AUGCCGUCGCUGCUUGACUCGCCGCAGCAGUUUCCGGCCACCGGCGCCUGGGCCUCGCUGUACGCUGUCCAAGAGCACGUGAAGCCUCGUCACGUGCUGGUCCCCGCGGCUGCCACAGCCAAGAAGCCGGCGUACGGUGGCAGGAAGAAGAACCUGGAGACGUGCACCGAGGCGCUCGGGUGCGAGACCGGCGCCGUCGACGCCGGUAACGUCUCGGACGUCGGGGAUGCCGGCGUGGAGGCUGAGUGCGUGGAGAGGAAGCAGCGCACCAGGGAGGAGGAGGAGAUGGUGACAGAGGAGGGGAGGACGCGCCAGCUGGGGCGUCGCGUCCGCGAGGGGCCGCUGCCCCCGCCGCUGACGACGCUGGCGCGCGGCGCCAGCCGCGUGCGGAUGGUCCACGAGCGGCGCGACGGCCGACUGGCGGUGUACGCGGUGCGGACGCCCGGGAUAGUGGAGGCCGAGCGGAGCGUCGGGCGCCUCCGCAUGCGCCUUCUCCCCCUGCCAUGCGGCACCGGUACCGGCAAUGCCGCCGCCGCGUGCCGCCGACAAGAAUCGCGAGCAGCAGAGUCCGUGGAGACGAAGGAGGCAAGAGAGGCCGAGGAGGAGGCGGAGGACUACGGCGUUGCCAAGUACGUGCGCGGCGGGCGCUGCGUGGAGCCGGAAGGUGGCGCAAGCACAACGGCGGCGAGGCGCGGCAAGCAGUGGGAGCCGGAGACGGCCGCCGCGUUCUGGGUGGCCACCUCCUGA